GCACUGGAAUGGCCUUGAAUGAAUAGUAAAGAAUAAAAGAACCGUUAGAAUUGUCAGCUCUGCCUUCUCUGCAUUGUUUGAUGAUCAGUAAGCAAGUGAACGUCAUAAAAAUCGGUUGUGUUACCUUCUUCGGAACUAAAAAUGUUUUACUUAAUAAAGUGCGGAAAGUUGUACGUUUUUGAGAAAAAGAAAUGUAAAAUAAUAUCAAAAAACAUUUGUUUAACAAAAAUAAAUGGAGCUACUUUUGAAGCAGAAAUUAUUAAUUCCAGUGAAUCAAAAGAACUUCUCGAAGGCCUAUGCAAAAAGAUGAAUGAGGCGUUAUACAAGGCCAAGAGCAAAACCUCUGAUGGUGGCGUUAACAAAGAAAACAUUCAAAAAGAUUCUGUUAAACAAAAAUUGUCUUACAGCAGUGAAGUAAAUAAUAAUGAAGUGGAACUUUAUAAAGAAUUAGUGGGCCAAACCUCUGAUGGUGGCGUUAACAAAGAAAACAUUCAAAAAGAUUCUGUUAAACAAAAAUUGUCUUACAGCAGUGAAGUAAAUAAUAAUGAAGUGGAACUUUAUAAAGAAUUAGUGGGCCAAACCUCUGAUGGUGGCGUUAACAAAGAAAACAUUCAAAAAGAUUUUGAGGCGAUUGGAGCAGAUGGCUUCGACCCCAUUCUGACAGGUGAACUUUAUGAGAAAGAUAAUUGUGCACAAGACAUCGAAAAUGAAGCUGAACCUUUUGAGGAUUCUGGAUCCGAAUACAUCGACGAAAAUGAGUCUGAAAAGUCAAAAGAGGAAAUAGUUGAGUCGCAGCCAAAUCGAAAACGCCGCAGUACAUCUCCUUUUGGAAAGACACAACGCAUUCGUUGGUCGCCACCUGAGCGAAAAGAGAUGGAAGAGGCUUUCGGCAAUUUCAAAUCGUUGAAAAGAUUACCUAGUUUGGCAGAGUGCAAUAGGGUUAUUGCUGCAUCUCAAUAUUUAAAGCGUCGUACUCCAGCACAGCUUAAGUCAUGGAUUGACAAUCAGCGAAAGGCUGAGUCAAGAAAAAAAUCAAAAUAAUUUUAUAAAAAGAAUUGCAUUACGGAAAUGCUAAAACAAAAAUUAGU